GCAAUGAUAUAGUUGGCGGCAGUAUUUCGUGACGGACGGUCGUGCGGUUCUCGGUGUGCCUGGAUCCUUUUUGGUUUGGCGGUGUGAUGUGCUCUGAGAAUUGAUUCUCUAAUGCUGAUUUAUAUCCUCUUUUGGAUUUGUAGCAACCAAACGUUCUGUGUGGGUAUCAAACUUCAUCAUUUCAUCAUAGAUGUUGCACUAGCGCAGCGUGGAUAGGAAUGAUGUAGUGAACACGCUGCGUUGAGUAGGCUUCAGUGCAUGGCGGGAAGGAGUGAGUGAUAUUAGUGGAGUGCCUGUUUGCUCAACACUGUGCGAGAUGACGAGAUGAGUAUGUCGCUCUGGAACGGCUCAAAUUGAAUGGGGCUUUAUUACCCACUCUUUUGUUUUCCACAUUUGAAUAAGGAUGUAAAGUGAUACAACGACCGUGGUGCUGGCAAGGAUGAGGAAAUAAAAGUGUGAUAAUUUAUAAGCGAAACGACAAGUGUUGUGUACUUGUGGUUACCACCGGUAUAUGCUGAGUGUUUUGAUACGAUAAGAUUAUCCUUACUCGGAAGAAGUAAAGCAAUAUUAACGUAUGAUGGAAUACAAUGUGUCAUGAAACAAGAGGAAGUGAAACUAAUCAAACGGAUUAAGGAUUUGCGGAACUGCUGUUUUCAAAAUCGAUAUGAAUCGGAACAGGCGUAAUAUAUAUUUUAAAGAAUCACUAAAAAUGAGACUGUUAUUAAUGAUAGGAUUUUAUGCAACUGGAAUGUUUGAUUAUAAAUUUAUUACUCGUGGAUCAACUGGUCGAGAGAUUGUUACUGCGAAUAUCCAUGUUCCUCAAUUCCUGCAACAACUGCCGUCGAAUUUAAUGUUCAGUAAUGAUACAGGAAGCUCUCAACUGUCGUGUUCUACAUAUGGUUCAUCACAAGUUGAAAUAGCGUGGAUUCUGAGAGACGGAUCUACGGCGACUAACAUUCAAGGUUUAAGGCAAUCGUUUCCUAACGGCACUUUGUAUUUCCCACCAUUUCCGGGUCAUUUAUUUCGAACGGAAGUUCAUGACACUAUUUAUCGAUGCAGAGUAUCAUAUCAUCACUAUGUUUUGCUAAGCAAAAACGUAAAAGUACGAGCAAUUGUACGUCAGCCAUACGAAAUUUUAAUAGAAAAGACUGAUGUAGUUCUCGGUAGUACAGCAUUUCUCCAAUGCAAUAUUUCGCCUCAUGCCCGCGAAUUUGUUCAGGUGUCUGCUUGGUAUCGUGAUAAAGAAAUGCUGAUUCCGGAUCGAUCUGAUUUAGGCAUGCGUUACAUCGUUACAUCACCGAGUGGUGAUUUAUGUAUACGAAAUGUCAACAUCGAUGACAGACAGAAGCAAUUCUCUUGCGUUUCAACUGAUACACUCACGGGAGAAAGGAAAAUAAGCACAUCUGUGUUUUUAACUAUAAAAGAUUAUAUCCCUGAUUCUGCGCCUAUAACAACUCAGCGAUCGGUAACUGAAAUAACUUCCGAUCUGGGUCACACCAUUCAGCUCCCAUGCAAUGUACAAGGCAAUCCUCAACCAAUUUUCACAUGGUUUCGAAUUUCUGACUCCGGCUCAAUGUAUACAGUUCCAUCAACUCAACGUAUAAUACCGUCACAUUCGUUGCUAUUCAUACGGAAAACUGACAUCAUGGAUUCAGGCAGAUGGAUAUGCAAGGCAUCUAAUCAAUUUGGAGAACAGAAGCUCCAAAUACGUCUGACAAUCAACUCGGAAUUAUCAGCGCACAUCAAUCCACAGAUACAGGUGAUCAAUACUGGCAGCACGGCAAAAUUUAAUUGCACUAUCGUUGGUUCGGAAAUUGGAAAAAUUGAGUGGUUUCAUAACGGACAUGCUUUAGCCGACACCGACCGUAUGGGAAACGAUUUCAAAAGAGUCACCGUAACAUCCGAUACCAUUCUCACGAUAGAAAAGGUCAAUAAAGAGGAUAGAGGUGUUUAUCAGUGCAUUGUAUCAAACGCAAAGAGUAGUGCGGAAGCCAGUGCUGAGCUAAAAAUUGGUGAGACGCCUCCGGAAAUCAUAUACAGUUUUGCCGAACAAAACGUUCAUCCUUCAGCUUUUGUGUCGUUGAAAUGCAUGGCUUCAGGAUCGCCGCAUCCUCAAUUCACCUGGAUGCUUGACUAUCAACCAAUUCUUUCUUCAGUACAUCGAUACACGUUCGACCAGUUUAUCGAUGGUAAUGGUCACGUAACAACGCAUCUGAAUAUAACUCACGUGAAUGUGGAUGAUGGUGGGCUUUAUACGUGUAUCGCGUCAAAUCCCAUGGGAAGUAUUUCCCAGAAGGCUCGGUUAAAUGUGUACGGACCACCGUAUGUUAGAGCUAUAGGUUCAAUAAAAGCUAUAUCUGGGGAAAGUAAGGAAAUUUACUGUCCAUUUUCUGGAUAUCCAAUUGAACACAUCAGAUGGAUGCGUAAUGGAUUGAACAUAUCUUCAAAUUCUAGGUUUGCAGUGGCAGAUAUCAAUCAUGGAGGAACAUUGUUGAUUCAUCAUGUAGAUCCACUUCAAGACAAAGGAACCUUUACUUGUGUGGUCUCUAAUCCCAAUGGAGAUGAAGCACGGAGAGAAAUACAGCUUUUAGUCAACAGCCCACCCGUCAUUGAACCGUUUUCAUUUCCCAAAUACGUGAAGGUUGCUGGAAGAGCACAGCUUACUUGCUCGGUAUCGUCCGGUGAUAUCCCGAUUUACUUCAGCUGGAAGAAAGACGGAAUAAUUAUUUCACCCAGUUUACAAGUGACUGAGAUAAAGGAUGAAUUUUUUACUCUGUUGAUAUUGAAAGAAAUUUCCGCUAAGCACAGUGGAAAGUACACGUGUUUUGCACUCAACGCUGCAGCUCAAGUAAACUACACUGCCGAGCUUCUGGUGCAAGUCCCACCAACUUGGAAACGAGAACCAAACGACUUAUCUGUAGUCCUAGGUAAUACUAUUUCAGUACCUUGUGAAGCAGAUGGUUUCCCACAGCCUCGCAUAACCUGGUUGAAAGGACAAGGCAAGAUGUCUGAACAGUUUCAUUCAAUACCGUCAAAGAACAACACUCUCAGUGUCAACUAUGCGACACCCUCGGAUGCUGGGUACUACAUGUGCGAGGCAUCCAAUGGAGUUGGAUCUGACCUUUCAAAAAUCAUCCAUCUGGAUGUCCAUGUUGCAGCUCAUUUCGACAUACCAUCCAAGAACAUGUCUUCGCGACGAGGAGAUACUGUUACACUGGAAUGCUUAGCUCUAGGGGACGAACCUAUUGAUGUUGUUUGGUCACACAUGGACUCUCGGAUAGAUUUCAACACAUAUAGGUACAGCAUUGUACAGAUGAAAGUAGAAAACGGAGUUCGAUCACAAUUAUCCAUAAGUCAAACGGAACGGUAUGAUUCUGGGAAAUAUGUGUGUGCAGCAGACAAUUCUUAUGGUUCCAGUGAACAUGUUAUACAUCUCGCGGUACAGGAACGACCCGAUGCACCAUCGGAUUUAGAAGUACUAGAAGUGGGAAGCAGAAGAAUUAGAUUGUCCUGGAAACGACCGUACGAUGGAAUGUCGCCAGUGCUCAGCUAUCUCGUUCAGUAUCAACCUUUACGUAUGGUUAAGGAUUAUCUAGGAUCAAAACUGGAUACAUCAUGGGAAAAUCCAUCGGUAGUUAACAUAACAUUGUCAAAAGUUAAUGAGGUCCAAAAUGUUGAAAGCAGUACGCGAGAUGAGGCGUAUGUUAUAGGACUCCAUCCAGCAACACAGUAUUUGAUGAGAAUGCUUGCGAUCAAUGAGAUCGAAAGUUCAUCCUUUACCAAUCCCUUAGUGGUAAAAACACACGAAGAAGCGCCAGCAGAACCACCUAGUAAUUUGAAAAUAAAACCCGGGGGAAAAGGUGAACUGAUUGUGACGUGGAAUAUCCCUAACAAAAACUCGUGGAACGGUGAACUCUUAGGUUACAUUAUAAGUUGUGUCGAGGAGAAGCAAAAUAUCAACUACAUAGAGAACACCAAUGUAACGAAUUUAACAUUUACUGCAAAUGGUUGGGCAACUACAAAAAUGUCGAUCGCCAAUUUGAAGAAAUUUACAAGAUAUGCCGUGAAGAUACGAACAUACAAUACAAUGUCAGCUGGACCAUGGAGUCCAAUUACUUAUGGCACUACAAUGGAAGAUAUCCCAGAAGCCCCUCCACAAAACGUUACCUGUCAAAGUCUUUCUUCUCAGAGUAUUAAAAUUGUCUGGCAGGAGCCUCCCCUUCAAUAUCACAACGGUGUUUUACAAGGGUAUAAAGUUUUGUUCCGGCCACUAGCCAAUAACAAUGAAUUUAUACUCCCAUAUGAUAUCAAAAGGACAUCUAAUUUAGAAACAUACCUACAGGCUCUCUUAAAGGCAACAAACUAUUCCAUUCAGGUUCUUAGUUUCACAUUGUCAGGGGACGGAAUGGCAAGCAGUCCUGUGUAUUGUUCUACCGAGGAAGACGUGCCAAAUUCACCGGCUGGUAUCAAAGCUCUUACAUUGACUGCUGAUUCUAUUUUAGUAUCGUGGCUAAAACCCGUUCAUUCCAAUGGAAUUAUUUCGCAUUACACAAUUUUUAGUAAAGAAAAUGGUAAAAUUGGACCAGCAAAAAGUUACAUUGCACGUAUAGAAGAGACAAGUCCAUUGUUGCAUGAAGUACGAGGAUUAUUAGAAAAUCGCAAGUAUGACUUCUGGGUCACAGCAUCCACUUCAAAAGGAGAAGGUGAAGCAACUACUGUAAUAUCACAAACGACCAGCACUAGAGCACCGGCAAAAAUAGCAUCUUUUUCGCAAACAAUCAAAGCUGUCGUUAGAUCUACAAUAUUUUUGGAGUGUAUCGCAGUGGGAAAUCCUACGCCAAGAACACGUUGGAUCACGAACGAUCAACCAGUAACUUUCAGUCCCUAUUAUGCUAUUUCACAAGGAUAUUUAAAAAUUCAUAGCGUUGAGCCAAAUCUCUCCGGAAAUUAUACCUGCUCAGCGAAGAAUUUAUUUGGUGAGGAUGAUAUAUCGUAUACGCUGAUAGUAUUGCAGACGCCGAACAUAACACUAUUGUCCAAACAGUAUGCAUCUCAUGAUAGCAUUGGUAUCAUGUGGGAAACUGCAAAUGAUAGUGGAACGCCUAUACAAGGCUAUAAUCUGUUCUAUAGGCCAACUAAUGGAAAUUGGAUCAGUAUUCCAAUAUCCUCAGACCAAAAUGCGUAUGUUCUGAACGGUUUAAAAUGUGGUUCGCAAUACAUUUUUAAAAUUAAUGCACAUAACAAAGUUGGCAUAGGACCUUCAACUGAAGAACUCAUUGUUUGGACGAAAGGCAAAGCACCACAAAUACCUCAGGAGAAUGAUUUGAUAGCAACGAAUUCAACUUGUCUGUAUUUAAAACUCAGUUCUUGGCAUAAUGGCGGAUGUCCAAUAUCACAUUUUUCUAUCGAGUAUCGUCGACUACACACACCUUUCUGGACAACGGUUUCUUCUGAUAUAUCAGGAGUAGAACGGGGCAAUAAAAGUAUCUCAUUCUGCGAUUUUGUGCCUGGUACAUGGUACGAACUAAAGAUAACUUCCAAUAAUGAUGCCGGAGAAACAACUGUGCAGUUCAAUUUUGCAACAACUACUCUUACGGGAGACAAAAUACCACCGUUCGAGUAUCCAACUAUUGAGAUUGAUAGUACAGCAGAUACAUCCAAUAUGCAUGAUGAUUUCCAAUGGAUUCAAACAAGCGUUGCAGUUGUAACUUUAGGGUCAAUAGCAGUUGCAGGAUUCAUUUUAACUCGUUAUAAAAGGAUUUACUGCUUUUCGAAUACGAGAAACAGCAUCAGUGAAUUAUCCAGUAACACAAAUCAAAAGGACGAAUGCGAAUAUGCACGUAAUCAACAGGUUUAUAGUUCAUCCCCAGUAAAAAUUAUAGACAAGGAAGACAGUUCCGAAAUGUACGAAAUAUCACCAUAUGCCACAUUCAACGACAACAACGAACGUAUUUUAAAAACGAGAUCACGCGACAGAACACCAUCGUCAAUGGAUUAUUCACUGCAUUUUCGUACAUUUGGACAUCCUGAAAAUGAGCUCAAUGCAACUGCAUAUCCUCUAUUAGAGUGCACAGGAUUUGGAAAUGCCAAAGAGAAAACAAGCUGGCAUAAGAAAACGCAUAGUGCAGGAGAUUCUUCAAUAAACCUACCCAGUAGCUCUGGAUAUAAGCACACGAGAUAUGAAGAAAAGUAUCACUCUAGAGUCGGGAACAAAACACCAGCUCCUAGCAAUUUGUCAGAAUCUGAUAGUAAUAGCCCAGUCAACGAAUUUUCAAGAGCGCCUACAUUCAGAAUGCCGGAAAAAUCACCACGUUUCCAGAGUAAUUUAUGAGAAUAAAUAAUGCAAUAAUAACA